AUGCCUCGCCCACAGCAGGUGACCCAAGGUCCCAUGAACGCGUUGCACAAGGCCGCUUGGGGCGGCUCCGUCGAGAUGACAGGCGCGAUUCUUUCCAGCAGGGGAGCACCCAACAUCGACAUGGGCAAUCCCAACGCCGCAACCGCUCUCAUGAUAGCUGCGGUCAAGGACCACCCGGGUGUUGUGAACACUCUAUUGAGCAAAGGGGCGAACGUAUCACUCGCGGAUCCUAGCGGCUAUUCGGCUAUACACAUCUCGGCCCAGGGUGGGAAGCUGUCCAUAACCAAAAUGCUCAUCGAGGCCGGCGCGUGCGUCGACGCUACCACCCGCGCCGGCAAUACGCCUCUUCAUCUGGCCGCCAACGAGGGGCGCACGGAGGUGAUCCGAGCGCUGGUCGACGCCGGCGCGAAGGUUGACUGCCGCAUGCCCGACGGAGCGACGCCGAUGUACCUCGCGGCCGAGAACGGGCACGCGGCCACCAUCGGGGUCCUCUUGCGCGCGAAGGCAGACCCGCUCUUGUGCUCGCACACGCCGAUGGGGGUAUCCUACGUCCCGUUGGAAAUGGCGGCGCUACACGGGAACCCGGACGUAGCGCGGGAGAUGAUACGACAGGUCGGCAUCCGAGGAUGUGGCGGCCCAAGCGGCGGCGUAGAAGCCUUGCGUCAGGCUGCUGACGAGGAGCAUCUCGAGUUCAUGGCCGUGUUGUUGGACGCCGGCGUCGUCGACACAGGCCCGGCCCUCAUUCUUGCCGCGGAGAACGGUCGGGCCGUCGCGGUCAAGUUUCUCUUGCGGCGGCGCCAGGAUGACGCCGACGCGUACGUGAACGGCACCAGGGACCCUUACGGCCGAACGCCGGUGAUGUGCGCCGUCGACGUCGGCGCCGGCCGGCUCUGCUCGCCCAAGAUCGUGCGGCUGCUGGUUGAUGCCGGAGCGAACACGACGCGGGCCGUCGGAGUCACGAGGAUUACCCCUCGGUGGGAAAAGACCAGCGAGACGCCGCUGGCUUUCACGACCCGUUUGUUGCGGGAGGGGAGAGUCGACGGCGAAGCCGCCACCAAGGAGCAGCUGCAGAGGCUGAAGGAAACUCGCUGCCUUCUUUCGCGGGCGGAGGCCGUUCAUGCAGUCUCUUGGUUGUGGGCCAGCAGUGAGUCCCCCCGCAUCGCCCAAGCGACAGGGAGCACAGAGAUCGAGACGGCUUCAACGGCGGUGGCAACACCGCUGCAGGCCAUGUCCCCGAUGCUGAGACGAAAGCCUGGGACGCGUGGUGUUCUGUUGAAGACCCUGUUUAGGUGGGUGGGGCUAUGGUACGAUGACGCUCGCCGUGUAUUUAAUGUUGUGUCGGGGUUUGGGUGUGGACUUACAGGAGUUGUGGCUUUGACUGACGUGUACCUAGUAGCGGACUUUGCGCCGACUAUAUACUUAUCUUGUGGUGCCUUCGAUACAGGUACUCGCGCAAAGUUUGACUGCUACGGCUUGGCCCUGGUGGUUUCUCCGGCCUCUAGCUUCCCCACGCUCGAAUGGAGUCGCCCAUGGUGCACGCCAGAGGCAGCAUCAGCAUCAGCAGCAGUAGCAUCAGCGUGACGCUGGCUUUUCACGGGAAGGGGACGCCUCUUGUGCUUGGAUCACAGGCGGCACCUAUCUUUUUAAAAAGGUGCACCCCCUUUGGGGGCAGUUGGCUUGUGACCGCGGAAGGCUUCCGCGUCAGUUGGACCAUCACGGACAUUCGAAGGUACUAAGCGGAGACAGCGGAGACCGGAACGGUUUUUAAUGUGAAGGAAACAACGACCUUUAAUAGUACGAAUGAAAUGCCUUCAUGUGCGCGCCCGUCACACCAUAAGAGCUCGUGCUGUUCUUGUGCGUUACCAACGAGCUAUUUAAUUUGUGUGGAUGUAUGGGUAGUAUUACUAGCAACCGUGAAGCUCCGGUUGAGAUGCCCUUGGCGUUGGUGGUUAUGGAGGAUUGCUUGUGGUGAAUGACGGGAGUUAUCUGGUUUUGUUCUGCAGGUCGAAAGCACGAUGGAGCUGUCUGUCCUUGCUGGCUUUUUUUUUUUUACAGGAGUCGCCUGAGCGUGGUUCGAGAAGUAAUGUGCCGCAAGGUUUGUUGUGCGUAGCAACGAGAAUCCGUGGCUAUAACGAGGGAUGGCGUGAGAUGCAAGAUAUCUCGGAGUGCGUGUGUGCGCAGCGUUUCGGCAUUACGCUUGUAAGCAGCUUGUUUGUUAUAUUUUUGUCCGCCCCCGCUCAUGACUUCGAUUUGGUGCAAGAUGCGUCGGAUAAUCGGUGCAUUCCUGCAGAGAGGAGUGUGGUUUGUAGCAGCAGCAUGAGCAAAAUAUAUGUUAGAGCGCAUUCUUGCAUUCCCA